AUGCUUCCAAUUAAAAAAGAUGCUCUCACCGAUGCAGAGAUCAAGAGGCGCUCACAACUUAAAGCAGGGCAUAUCGGAGACGUAAGAAUAGCCAAGUCGCUGUUCCCUUCACUUGGGUAUUAUUACUGGUUUCUGGGAAAUGUUGCUGACACAACCAUCCUUCCUAAAGCUAAGCCAAUUGUGCGGUAUGCCGGACCAACUACAAAGGCAAUCCGGCGCACCUUUGCGGAUGCUGGAUUUGUUCCAGGACCAAAAAAUUGCCGAAAAUUCAAUAUAUGCUGGGGGUCCCCCAAAAACGUGAGUUUCUAUUCAACCCUGGUGGCGGGGCAGAUCUGCAAUCAGGUGCCGGGAUCUAAUGCUAUCGGCAGGAAGGACAAGCUAGCCUCCUGCAUCGUAGCUGCCCAGAAUAGAUCUGGUAAGGAGCUCUACGACUUUAUCCCAAAGACGUACAUACUCCCGCAAUCUGCUUCCAUUGCUGUGCGUGAUAUGGCAAUGAAUCCAGACGCCUUUUAUAUCUACAAACCGGCCCUAGGAGCAAGGGGCGAGGGCAUCAGAUUGCUAUCAAAUGGUGACGCCAUCCUUGAUGAUAAGCCCGCUGUCUUGCAAAAGUACAUCUCCAACCCCCUUCUUGUCAACGGGUACAAAUUUGAUUUGCGGAUUUACGUGCUAAUAACCUCUGUAGAUCCUCUUAUAAUGUACAUAUAUAAUGAGGGCCUGGGCAGGUUCGCCACGCGUAAAUACCACAAGCCGACUAUACGCAAUAAAAAGCUCAAAAAGAUGCACUUAACCAAUUUCAGCAUUAAUGCAUCUUCAGACACAUUUGUGAAUCCAGAUUCAGGAAAGCAUUGCCCUGUGAAGGCUAAAAAGGGGAAGCUUCAAGAGAAGGUUGAACGAAUCAUGACCAUGACCAGUACGGGAAGCUCUUUAAACAAGGGAUCGGGUUCUGCCUCUAAUUCUACUGGUAGCGACGACAGCGAUAGUAGCAUGAGUAGCUAUGAGUACUCUAACCCUGAAGAUGAGGAUGACAGUUGUCAAGGUAAUACUGCGUUCCCCUCCAAAUGGAAAGCAUCAGACCUGUUUGCACAUCUGGACAUGAAUAGGGAUUGUUUUGACAGCAAAGACCCAGAUUCAAUUGUGAAAAACGCUGGUGUCCCAGGCAACGGGGUUGUUCAGCAAAGGCUAUACUCCAGCAUAUGUGAUCUAGUAAUCAAAACACUGAUUGCUUGUGAGCCAAAUUUCUAUAUCCUUGGUCACAAAGCACGAACGGCUAGCACCUACCCGAGGAUCUCGUUUGGAAUCUAUGGAUUCGAUAUCAUGCUUCAAAGCAACGGGAAGCCAAUCUUGAUAGAAGUCAACUCUUCUCCGGCCACAGCUACAUCAACGCAGCUAGAUGUUAAUGUUAAAUACCCUAUGAUAGCGGAAGCUUUGAACACAAUUGGCAUUCCUGUUGAAAAGCGUAAUGAGCUGGACAUUAUGGUCCCAACGAUCAUGACAGAGGAUGAAAAGAGAGCAAAGUCUAUUAAAGAACGGAAUACCCAACUAACUGCGCGCGCUCAGACAUCUGGAGAAGCAAUCCGCCAAGGGUCUAGCAACGUACCUCUUCCACGACCGCAGACGUCAGCCUCAGUGCAUGGAAAAGCGAUGUUGGAUAGUGCACUCUACCUCUCGGCAGGGAGCCUCCCCCCUACUCAAUCUAUGAGGCUUGCAGACGCCAAUCCAUGCCCAGAUGCAGACGUAGCUGCAAGUGGUAGCAUCUCUGCCCAGAAAAAACAAGGUGACACCCCUGUUAAUGUCAAAACCAACGCAAACGCCUCACCGAGUUCACUAUCGAGCAAAUCCAACAAAUCUUGUCGCACAUCAGAUAGCCUUUCUGAUUCUAGCCAGUCUAAGACCGACCUACCACGCUUACCUUUCAAUGAAAUGCGGCCGAGCGCUAACGGCAAAAGUAUGACAACCGAUCAGCUGCGGCGUAUGGAUAAACAGGGUCGGGUACGAUACGGUCUUCCUCAAGGCGCGAUGGCAAAUCUCACAGAGAUGGAGCGAAGAAUCUGUAUGCAAAUCUCUGAUGAAGAGCAGCGCUCUGGGAUGUUCACCCGCAUAUUUCCUACUAAGGAGGCUGCAUCGUACAUGCCUCUGUUUGAGAAUCAACGAUAUAAUAACAUAUUUGCCAUGGCAUAUGUCUGCAGUGGAGCCCCGUGGCACGAGCUUAUUUAG